UGACUUCAUUAUAUAAACAACAUUAACUAACCAACUCAAACAGAAACUACCCCAAACCCCCAAACUCGUUCUUUCUUCCUCCAAAAAAAAAUGAACUGGACUAGAGGCCACACCAUCGGCCGCGGCUCCUCCGCCACCGUCUCUGCCGCCACAUCUCCCCAUUCCGGCAACGUCUUCGCUGUCAAAUCAACCGAGCUCUCUCAAUCCCAAUUCUUACAAAGAGAGCAAAAAAUUCUAUCCACUCUCGUCUCUCCUCAUGUAGUUGAAUACAUUGGGUACGAUAUCACUAAAGAGAAAGACAAGCUCGUAUACAAUUUGCAUAUGGAGUAUGUCCCUGGCGGCACGCUCUCCGACGCAAUUCGUCGCCACGGAGGUGGUGGUGGAGGACGGCUCGAUGAGGCGGUGAUCGGAAAUUAUACCCGCGAAAUUUUGAAAGGCCUAGAGUACAUUCAUUCAAUCGGGGUAGCACAUUGUGAUGUUAAGAGUCAGAACAUUUUGGUUGGGGAAAGUGGUGCCAAGCUGGCAGAUUUUGGUUGUGCCAAGUGGCUCAAUCCGAGGGAGGACAAGGCGGCACCGAUUGGCGGCACGCCGAUGUUUAUGGCUCCGGAGGUGGCGCGUGGGGAAGAACAGGGGUUGUCUGGUGAUAUAUGGGCACUUGGAUGUACCGUGAUUGAAAUGGCCACCGGUGGACGCUCGCCGUGGACACGUGUCGCUGACCCAGUAUCGGUUUUGUACAGAAUUGGAUUUUCCGGGGAAAUACCGGAAUUCCCAGAUUUUCUUUCCAGCCAAGCAAAGGAUUUCUUGGGCAAGUGCUUGAAGAGAGAUCCGAAAGAGCGGUGGACGGCUAAACAACUUCUCAACCACACUUUUCUGGGAGAAUCCAAUUCUCAUACCAAGCAAUUUGUGGGAUUCAAUUCCGAUUCUCCAACAAGUAUACUUGAUCAUGGUGUUUGGAACACAGUAGAAGAGUCAGAGACUUUGGAUUCGGAUUCUCCAGCGAAGAGGAUCGGAGGGUUGUUGUUGUGUUCUGGGGUGGCAAACUGGAGAUGGGAUGAGAAUUGGAUCACAAUUCGAAGCAAUAACAAUGAGCAUUGAGGAAUUAGAAGGAUUUCAUAGAUAGGAAUGUUAGUUGUAGAAAUAGCAUUAGUAAUAUUUUGAUAGCUUGUACAUGUACAGAGCAUAGGGGUGUCAAUAGCAGUCUCAAUUCUUUUUACCUGUCUAAUGUCAAUUCUUUUAGUUCUCAUAGAAAAAAGUUCAUAUAGUCAGUUGUCUCUAAUUUUCCAUCUGAUAUUCAUUGCUCAAAUUCUCCUC